AUGGCGGAUAAUCUCCAAAGACAGAUGCAAGAAAUUGCGCUAGGAGUACAAGAGGAAGCUAUCAAUCUCCUUAUUGAACUAUGUGAUGAGGCGCUCAGGAAACCCAAUUUAGCCUCAUUACAAAACCGGUGCCCUAAGAACGUAGAUGAAGAGGUGGUAGGCAGAAUCCUGGAGAUUCACAAAAUCGAAUUCCUUUUCCAAUCUGAAGAAUCCAUGUUCUCAAUACUCCGUCGAGGGCCAUGGUCGUUUAAUGAUUGGAUGUGCGUCAUCCAAAGAUGGACGAAAUUGCACUCGGAUGCAGAAUUCAAGAGAAUCCCAUUCUGGAUCCAAAUCAGAGGAAUACCCCUCCGCUUCCUCACUGCAAGGAUUAUUACUUCAAUUGGUGAAAGAAUGGGUCUGUUCCUUGAGACAAAUUUGGGUCGCGAUGUCAGUGUUCUGAAGUUUCAAUACGAGAAACUCAAGAAUUUUUGUACCACUUGUGGAAUGCUGAGUCAUGAUGCCUCCGAAUGUCCAACUUCCGGGAACCAAGGUCCUCAUGCGGACGAUGAUGAUGAUGAUGAUGAUAAUGACGCAAAUGAAGACCAUCCCGAUGUUCCUGGAGACAACCCUGACCAAGUUCAUGGUCCAAUGAAUCAGCAACAUCCGGAAGAGAGCACUGAAGAUGAACACCAAAAUGCGCCAAAAAGAGGAAAACUGAAGCCUCUUCUUCAACGUCUAACUAUGGAAGUCCCUUGGUGUGUUGCAACAUGCGCCAGGCCUAUGCCACAGAAGAUACUCAACACUGCGUGGCUAAAAGACAGAGAAGGGAAUCAUAAGUUCUAG